UCAUUUGACAUGUCAAUAAGGUCAUACAGUAAUGCAUAUGUUGAUAUUUUUAUUUUUCUCUACAGAAUGCAACGUCUUCCACCCUCUGGGGGAAGAGGAAAGCUCCUCAAUAAUGAUCAAGAGCUUGCCAUUGUAGAAAUGGUUGUUGCAAAUAAUGCAAUUAAACUGCAUGAAAUCAAAACUAGAAUUGUGGAGGACCAUGAGAUAUUUGCCAACAUAGAAAGCAUCAGCCUCACAACCAUUACGCGGACAUUGUCCAAACACCGAGUGCGGAUGAAGCAGCUCUACACUGUUCCAUUUGAAAGGAACAGUGAGAGAGUCAAGGAGCUACGACGACAAUAUGUCCAGAGAGUUAUGGAAUUGGAAGCCAACCAGGCCCCUCAUGAAUUCAUUUACAUUGAUGAGGCAGGAUUCAAUCUGUCCAAAAGGCGUCGACGAAAUAUAAUUGGAAAAAGGGCCACAGUUGAUGUGCCAGGACAGAGAGGGGCAAACAUUACUAUGUGUGCAGCAAUGGCAAAUACAGGAUUACUCCUUCACAGAUGCCAGGUUGGACCUUAUAAUACUGAGCGCCUCCUUGCGUUUCUUAAUGAUCUCCACCAGCGUCUGGUACCAGAGCAGGGUCAGGAGGGUGAAAACAUGAGGACCUUGGUAAAUACCUGGGACAAUGUUGCUUUCCAUCAUUCACAAGCAAUAACAGCAUGGUUUGAAGUCCACCCAGUACUGGUGAGUCUCUUCCUUCCACCCUAUUCACUUUUCCUCAACCCCAUAGAGGAGUUCUUUUCUGCAUGGAGGUGGAAGGUUUAUGACCAUCAGCCACAUGACCAGAUGUCCCUACUUGAAGCCAUGGAUGCUGGAUGCAGGGAUAUCACAGUUCAAGAUUGCCAAGGGUGGAUCCGACAUACCAAGCGGUUUUAUCCCAGGUGCAUCGCCUUAGAUGAUAUCAGAUGUGAUGUUGACGAAAACAUGUGGCCUAACCCUGAAGAUCGCAGGGAUUAGAUACAUACAUUUUGUGCCAUUUUUAGUUCCCCCCCUUUUUAUUUGGGCUUUUUGCUGUUUUUUUUUGGUCAAAAUGCUCUUGUGUUUCAUGGAUAUUUUGUGAAUAAACCUUGAAAAUAAAAUAAACCGUGUCUGUUCUAUUGUACCUUCUUUGGUAAACAGUUACUGUAAGAAAUAACUGAUUUGCUUUUUACUGGAAUGUGUUUGAAUGUGAACAUUACUGUACAUGUGCACAUACAGUUCCAAACCAAUAAAUUUAGUGUAAACGGUGGAUUGCAUGUUACCUGAAACAUAAAAAUCUAUGCAGUUUUUAUAAUUUUAACAAUAGCCAGAAUUCUGAAACCUGGUGUACUUCGUUUGACUGCAUGUACCUUGUGAAGUGAAAACAAAUGUUACUCUUUGACAGAAUUAUUUAAUUUUGAGUCAGAUUUCCAGUGUUUUGGUAAAGUUAGUGUGUGUAGAGAAAAACAUGUUCUGUUUUAAAAUUAAGAGUUAGUAUAUAUUUAACAAAAUGUGUUUUUGAGAAGAAAAUUAACAAUUUGGCCAAUUGUGUUUUGUAGGUGUGAGUCUGUGUUAAGAGUUUAGAAAAAUUAUCUAAAGUAUGGGCAAGCGCUUGUUAGCGAUAGAAAAAUUAUCUAAAGUAUGGGCAAGCGCUUGUUAGCGAUUGAAAAAAACUGUAAUAAGACGAAGACCUUACAAAACAUUCACAAAGGACAUUGUGUGUUUGCCUUUGUCGUCAAACACAACCUUCUCCAUACCAAGAGGAGACACCAGAACGAAAUUAGCGGAAGAUGGCCUCAUUGGCAAAAUAUCAUUUUCAUCCGAGUGGUCUGAAGUCCAAUUAAAAUUAUUGGAAAUAACAGCCAUCUUUAGAGCCACGUUCGGAUUGUCGGAGAACCAGGAAUUCCCUUUUGAAUAUUUAUGCACCAUAAAGGGAUGUAAAAAACUGAUGAAACCCAAGGUCACCAACUCUUUUCCAUGGGGAGAAAAAGAAGUUGCGUCCAUCUGCUCAAACACAUGCCUGUAUAUUUUAGCAGGAAUGCAGAGACCUGCCGAGGUAAACAUUUUUCUCUUCCAAUCUUUUGUAUAGUUAUUAUUCUUUUUGAUUUACAUAAAUAUGUAAUAUAAGAGGUAUUACAGUUUAUAUUCAGGUAUGUCCCUGCUAUAAUCUAAGAUAUUAGGCCCACACAGUGUGUCAAUGUUCGCAUGAAGUGAAAUAAAUCUGAUUAUUAAAAAUAAAAAAAACAUAUGAAAUAACUUUGUUUUGGCUAAUGGUAAACAACCCUCUUUCUGCUCAGGAGGAAUUUAUAGAAGUGUCUGAUGACAGUGACUUUGAAGAUCCUGCACCACGGAGAAGGAGAGGUUGGUCAAUGUUUUUGUGCUAUUACAAGAAGUGAGACUUGUAUCUGAAGGGAGACUAAGUG